UGUUUACAUUGAGUCCAUGACGUCACUUGUGUAAGAAAAAUUGUUUAUUUUUAUGCCAAUGCCAUAUUCUAUUUUAAAAAUACGGAAAAUAAUUUUGGAAAACCGAGAGAGGAUGGAUUCAAAUUGAAAAACGGUUGAACUGAAGCUUCGGCUUUUAGAUCACUCCGAUGGAGAAGCUGCGGAAAGCGGUGAAGGAGAUCGCCUACACGAGAGACCAUACUAAUUCCCCUGCACUUCACCGCUCACUCGUUCCCUUUCUCACACUCGCUUCUUCUCUCUACGGACUCGCCCUCCAUAUCCGCCGCUCUCUUUACCGCUCCUCCUUCUUCCAUCAACACCGAUUACCGGUUCCGGUGAUCAGCGUUGGGAAUCUGAGCUGGGGAGGUAACGGGAAGACGCCAAUGGUUGAGUACAUCACUCAACUCCUCCUCGAUUCUGGAAUCUCACCGCUUAUUCUCACUCGUGGUUAUGCUGGUGGAGAUGAAGCCAAAAUGCUUGAAAGACAUCUCCGAGGUGGACCCACCAAGAUCGGUGUUGGAGCAAACAGGGCAGCUACUGCUGCCACGUGUUUCCAAAAGUACGGCUACGCAAACCCAUCUAGUAUAAGGACAUUCUUUGAUGGAACAGCAAAAGUCAGAACCGUUUCACAAGAAAUUGGGUCCGUAGUUCUAGAUGAUGGGAUGCAGCAUUGGAGUUUGUGUCGUGACCUCGAGAUGGUGAUGAUUAAUGGGCUGAAUCCGUGGGGAAACGGUUACUUAGUUCCGCUUGGACCAUUACGGGAGCCUCUUCCAGCGCUUGAGCGGGCAGAUAUAGCUGUAGUACACCACGUGGACAUGAUAACUGAACAAAGCCUCGGAGAUAUCGAGAAGACAAUACAUGGAUUCAAAAACUCGAUCCCUGUUUUCUACUCCAAGAUGGUGCCUAAACACUUGUUCCACUUUAAAAAUGAUAGGUCACAUGUAGCUUUAGAAGCAUUGCACGAUGCAACUGUGCUUUGUGUUUCUGCAAUAGGAUCAGCUGACGCAUUUGUUAAGAGCAUUGGGAUGAUUGGAGCACGUUAUGUUGAUAGACUUGAUUUCAGUGAUCAUUAUUUAUUUGGAGCACAGGAUGUUGAAACUAUGAGGAGGAGAGCAAAGGGUCUAGAGAACAGAUCUGAUUCCAAGCCUAUUAUUGUGGUGACCGAAAAGGAUUAUAACAGGGACCCGGAGGUUCUCAAAAGUCUGGACCCAUACACAGUCUUGGUUCUGUGUUCUAGGUUGCAAAUAACUCCUUGUAGAGACACUAAUGUGGAUGGCUUUAAAUCUACACUUAGUAGAAUUUUGGCGGCUAAGUUUCCUGUUUCUAAUUAGGUUCAGUGUUAUCUUACUGCAUUCCUUUGAUUUUUCUUUGUUGUUUUUUCUUGAAUACCAAGAAGUUUAGUUUUUCGACCGGAAACCACUAUCAUGUAAUAUUAGUUUUGUUCUAAUGGUCACUCAAAGUGUACUACUAGUUUCUUCCCAACCAUUACUGCAUUACUUUGCUAUGUGACUUAUGUCACUAUUCUUUCUAAACCAGAAUUUAUGUUACUAUUCGUUGUUAGCC